AUGUUUGAGAAACGCCGACCAUUGCAAAUCAUACAGCUGCAGUGGAACUGGGAUCGAGAAACUAUCCUGAAGGCAGAUGGACAUCACGUUAUUCAGAAAGUGGUAACAGACUGGAAUGCUGUAGACCUGGUGGUUGAUAGGGAGAUUGUAUUUCAUUGUAACAUCCAUGACCUGGAUUUUGGUAAUGGCAAGUUAGAUCCACGUUGUGAAGAAGCCAGAAAAGCAGUGUUAAAUGCUUAA